CGACUACGGCAUGGAACGUGUGUGUGCAUUUCGCGCGUCUGAUUUUAUAUUUCGCGAGUGUAUCACGUAACUUUGUUGGGAGGAAACAACAAAAGGAAAAUGUGAAUGACCCAUAGCCGCAAAAAUUGCGUUUAAAAAAUGUGUUCACCUAAUAUAAGUGACAAUGACUCUUCGUCGGUGUGACAGCUUGCCCACGCGACUACGGGAGGCUCCUGUCCCGAGCCCCGACAAUACUCGACCCUCCGCUAAUAAAAUAUCUGACUCGAACACCGUCCCAAAUUUCAAAGACACGCUCGUACGGGAUGAAGUUAUAGCCACUUGGAAAUCCCUACACACAGACGUAAACCAAAUAAAAAAUGGCCAUCCCAAAAAUGAUUUGCCAUGCGAUGAUAUGGUUAAAAUGGAAUCUAAUGAGCACAGAAUUCACACAUACAAUAAUAGACGACAGAAAAAGAUUACUUAUGACAAUAAACAUAUAUCAAUCGCGUGUCAAGACGUCGAUCGUAGCUCAUCUUUUCCACUGGACGUGGGCCAAAGAUGUCCAAAUGAUAGACGGGCGAGUACGGUCCGCAGACGGACCUUACUGGAACGACUUCUCUCCUGGCGCACUCCAGAGUGCGACUGUCAAGGACGCUGCGUGGCCAAAGCUCGACAAACGAAGCCUCGGACUUCUAUCCUUUGCACAUGUGGAGUCACAAACGCGAAUGUCGCGAACAAACAGAACAAUUUUGCGGAACGCGGUCGCUCCAAAAGUGUCGGUUAUGAAGUAACCCGUGAGAUAACACAAUUCCGGCGGUGCGCUAGUGCGGGUGCUACUGUAGGCGCUGAGACGGCGACGGCGCUGCGGGCUCGCGCCGCUCUCACGCUUGCGAGACGGUACUACCCUGAAGGUGGAUGGGGCUGGACUAUCACCGUCGUUGGAACGAUAGUGCAAAUCCUAUCGCACGGCCUGCAACUUGGUGGCGGCACGGGUGCUAUUGCAUGUACCGCUUCUAUCAAAUAUCAUGUGCCUCCUCUUUAUAGUUAUGGAUGUCUAGGUGCGAUGUCCGCGGGCGUUGCACUAGCCCUGUCUCCGGUAUCUGUUGCUCUGUGUGUCCGCAAGUCAACCCGUGUGACGGCGGUGGUCGGUGGGCUGGUCGCGGCACUGGGCUGCCUCUUCACUUCAUUUGCGACGCAGUUCCAUCAACUGUUCUUCAGUUAUGGCACCGUAGUGGGCGUGGGCGUGGGAUUGACGCGAGACUGUUCCACGCUGAUGGUAGCGCAGUACUUCAAGCGGCGACGGGAACUCGUAGAAAUAUUCAUUGUAAGUGGCAGCGGGCUAGGUAUCGCUGUCAUGUCCACAUUUAUCAAAGGUGCAAUCAGAGCAAUCGGUUGGAGACUAGGAUUACAGGCAGUAACAGGAGUAGUAUUCGUAACAUUCAUACUUGGGACCUUCUACCGCUCAGCCUCACUGUACCACCCACAACGUCGAGCCAUACUGCAUCUUAAGAACCAGAACAAAAUUAAGAGAAAAAUGAAAGACAGGACUAAGUCAGAUGAUCGUCAACCGUUCUUCGAUUUCUCCACGCUAAGAUCCAAAACUGUUCGAAUAUUGCUGAUGUCCACGGGAAUAUCUGCGUUUGGAAUUAAUACUCCAAUAUUUUAUUUGGCAUACCAUGCUGAGGAAGAAGGUCUGGGUGACACUGCAGAAUUGCUUCAAGCGUAUCUCGGGUUAGCGUGGGCAGUUGGUUGCGCGGCGUUCGGCUUGCUUGUGAGGCAGAACUCGGCGGAGUGCCGUAUAGCCAGACAGUAUUUGACACAGGCUGCUGUGUUUGUGUGCGGGCUGGCGACCAUGGCCCUCACCGCAGUCGAAGGAUCGUAUAGCGGAUACGUUAUGUUCGCUUGGGUUUAUGGUAUCUUCUGCGGUGGCUACCACUACUCGCUGAAAAUGUACACUUAUGAACGAGUGCGAUCCCGUAACUUUGCCCGCACUUGGGGCUUCGUGCAGUGCUCGCAAGCUGUGCCCAUUGCUAUUGGAGUGCCACUGUCAGGGUACAUAAACGUAGGCUGUGGCGGCAAAGCGGGGUACUACUUCAGCUCCACGUGUUCGCUUAUCGGUUCGCUUUCGCUCUUCUGCAUCGACCUUCACCGGCGAAGCGUGGCGCAUAAACACACCAAAGAGAAUGGCGGGACGGCAUCUUGCGAAGCAGCAUGCGGGCCGACGACUCGAAGCCGCAGUCGAGAGAGGGAACCACGCGCGGCCGCUGGCGCUGCCACUGCUCUUGUUCUAGGAGCAGAACUAGUAGCGCCCGGUCGAGCUGGUCGCGAUCUCCUCGACAGUAUCGGCCCUGGCAGCCUCUCCCCCCCUCCCGUGCCCCCAGAACUCACCUGCAUCAGUGAGGAGGGUGGUCUGGACCUAGAUCUGGAUCUAGAUAUACCAGAGCAUUUGUUGGAGGAACUAGAUUGCGGGGGUGACUGUAUUACUAGUUGCAAUAAGGUGGAAAACUACCUAAUGCUGAGUGAAUACGAAAACAACUUGAUAGCCGAGUUGCCGAACAUAAACGAGCGUCGCGGCCGACGCUGGUCCAUAGUCGUAGCUAAUUCAAAUUCGCAACAGCAAUCAAACCAGGACACAAACACCCCAGAACACAGGAACUCUAUUAAAUGGAAGAAAAAGUGCCAUAACGCUAACAACAGACUGAUAACCGUGAUCAACGAGGCCUCCUUGUAAACAACUAGUGAAAUGUCGAGACAAUAAAUAGAAAAUCACCUUAGUGUAACACGACCUAUUUAACCUCAUAAUUUAUUUGAUGUGUGUGUGUAUAGCAUUUGUGUAUUGUUCAUUAUUAUUUAUUAAAUUAUUAAAUAAAA